GCAAGACAUCACACGAUUUAACUCUAAGAGAAAGUGAAUUGUGACACCGGGCGCUCGGAGACGACGAAAACCAGGCUUUGAACGGUAACCAGUCCGGCAGAAUUAUUUCAUAUUCGCAAAGCCACAAAGCUCCAAAACGCAAGUAUUUAAGAACGCAGACCUCAGACAUAAAGCGAAGACCACUCUUAAGUCUCAUCGUCAAAGAACGAUAGCAAUCCGUACGGUAAGUGUCAUGCGCACAACAAUUUCGGGCCGUGGUACAAAAGAAGAUUGGAUUAGGGUGAAAAGUUAUUUGCGUACUUUCCUUGUGGAAUUUUUUUACAUAGAAGAAAAAAAGUUUUCUGUCGCUAUGCUGUUUUCGACGUCUCAGGAACAAAUCAAAACCUUUAACUUGUGCUUGUAAGGCAAGAAUGAGUGAGCUACGACUGUCGUCUCUUUUUUAAACAUGUAACUUAGACAAACAAGAUAUUGUUUUUAUGCUAGUUUUUUUUGUUUUGCUUAAUUUUUCAAAAAAAAAAAAAGAAGAACGUGCUCGAGGACAUUACCAUUUGUGGACGUGAAAGUUUUGUCGUAUUGUGCUCGAGAUCAUUGGUGUUUUAAUUAAGUCGCCAGAACUCUGGAAGGUGUCUUCUUUGAGUUAAUCACGCGUGACCAGAACUAAUCGCGCGCGAGCACCGCGCACCUUAACAAUUAGCAUUCGUUCAGCUCCUGAAUGAAUUUGCAAUUAAAAACUGGUUCAAUGGCGACCGUUGCCACAAGUUACCAGCCACUUAAAACAACUAUUUAGACGCGUUGCUAUCCUUUAAUUUUAAGGGAUACAGAUUUCCCAGAGCAAGUAAAUUGAGUACAUAUUCCGUAACAUUUUACUUUAUCAUAAGACUUACAUUUAUGGUCUUACCGGCCGGAUACAGCUCUUUUCAGUAAUAUAACACUCCUAGCUCCAGUAUAACAUGCGCAGUGUGGCUUUAUUCAUGUGACUUCUUGGCCUAAAUAACCUUAGACAACCUGUAACAGAAUGGGCCGGUAAAAGUUCCUAGUUUUCCUAGAAAGGGUUUCGCCGGAAACGCUUCCGGUAGAAGUCACGUCUAACGACUUCCAUCGCGCAAGUUGACGUUUUUCCCGGAGACUGAAGCGAAUGUUGUUAAAGUCAGUAAAAAAAAUCAUAUAAAUAGUCUCAGCAUGUUCCAAUGUUCUAUUUCAAACACUGUCACCUACUUAUUUGUUAUCAAAAAACCUACAUACAGGCCUUGGGUAAGUCACACGAAAUUAACCCAAGAGUAACGCAAUGAAUGACUAGCGCACUCGGUUCCGCUAGUUUAUAAAAAGAUCAGAUCUGAACGGUUUUGAGUCCAAAAUAAAAUUUCUCUUUAUUUUCAUUGUAGAAAAUGGUCCAGGAUAAUAGCGUUCCUUCCAGUCCAGUAGACGUGGCUUUUGAGGAACUCUUUGAAGGUAAGAAAAAAUACUUAGUCCAAGUGAGCACCUGUUUGCUGGGGCAUAAAAUUAUGCACCUAACAAACAUAAAUUAUCAUACUCGGGUAUAUUUUUGUGCUACGUGGGCCUGAAUAAUUUGAAGACCUGUCACGCGACAUGAGCCGGUCUCUUUUGUCAACAGAUUAUUUCAAUUGUGCGGUCAUGCUAACGUAGGAAACAACUCCUAAAGUGAAACUACUCGAUCAUAAUUUUACUACCUUUAAGAAGCAAUUGGAGUGCUACAGUCCUUUCAAGAAAUGUGCUGAAACAUAACUCUAACACCGUUUGUAUUGGCUUAAGUAAAUUUAUAAAUAGAUCCAAGUCAUCCUGUUUACGUCAAUGGUCACACACCUCGCUCAGUGAUUGGCUAAACCUGGAACGCACGUGAGGAGGUGUGCGUCAUGAAGAAGGCGAAUAACGUAAUUUGUAGUACUUAGAAUCCCCGAAAGGAUGUUGAAAAAACCGAUCAUUACACUCGAUCGGUCAUUCUUAACGCAUCUAGCGAGCGACAAGAACCUUAACCUCACGCAAUUGUGAAAAAACCAAAAACACUUUGCGGUUCAGCCCACGGGUAGGUGUCACAAAUAUGCAUGCAAUUUAAUCGGGUAUAGUAAUUGAAGGCGAAUUUUAUUCAUGACAAUACUUUUACGAGAGCUGCUAUUUCAUCGAUAAUGUUGUAGUUGAAGAACACCGACUGCGUAGCUUGAUCCUCGUGGUUAUACACAGUACGUCAGACUUAAUCAAGCUUCCACGCCUACACGUCGCACCAGCCAUUCACAGGCCUCGCUUGAUAUUAAAGAUUGACAGUUGAACAAGUACAAGUGCUUCUCUUACGAUUCUCCCUUUCAUUUCUUCUACAGUUAUUCCAGAGUUAAAGAUGUUCACCCCGGCACAAGUCGUACCAGGUAUUUUGUUUUUUCUCGGUUGCUUGAUAACGUUUUUAAAGCGUAGUUCAGCUAACUUCUAAGUUUGCGCUAACGGGGAGACUUAACCAUUUCUCGCGCGUGGGAGGUCAUACAAGGAUAGCUAAUCCUGUGUUAUUAUCGGCGCCAAAAUUUAACAAGUCCCCAUUUUAUGUUUAAAUUCUUAAUUUUCUCAGAGUCACUAUUGAGAAGAAAAAAUUUCAAACCCCCGACUCAGCCCAAGCUAACGAUGAAAUAAUAUCUGUAAACACAGAAAUAUCAACGUGCUUUGAAUAUUAAACCACUUGGCCAAAACAGCGGAAGUUGAACGCGGCUGAUCGAGUCGACCGAACCGCGUUAGCCACGCAAACGUCGACGGUACACUCACCAACGGGAAAAAAUUCUAAAAUAACCAUCAAGGACAAGGCAAUAUUUUCGGCUACGCUACAUAAUUCCUCUGAAAAUAAGAUGAUGAGGGAAAGACCAGCAAGAAAGAGUUUAACACGUGAUGUACUUAGAUCGUUGCAAUGUCAUUGAGCGAAAAAACAGCAACGUUAGCAAACUACUUCGGGAAAUUGCGGUUUGUAAAUUCAACUUUAGAUUUUUCUGUUCGUGUUUCCUCAGGAUAGUUGUGGUUAGCCAACGACACGAUCCCGCUUAAAGAGUUAUUUCUAGAGCUAUUCCUUAAAGAUAUACUUUCACUUUCCAUUGAGAUUAAGUCCUCUUUUUUUAAUUUCAGGCGCUGAUAACGCGGAGCAAGAUGGGCUUAUGACUGGGUCUCUGGGCCUCGAAGAAGGUAAUAAUUUACAUAUUACCUUAGAGAGCCAAACACCUGUACCUGAAACAUGUAGAAAAGGAAAAUUUAAAACUUGAUAAUAAUCACUUGCGUCUCAGAAACCAAGCAACGUGAAUAAAUCGAGGCAACGUGCCAAGUGCAUAGAAAAAGGCAAAUUGAUGAUAAGUGUUCAGACAACAAAGAGGAACCAGUUGAGUUUGGUGUUGGUUUAUUUCUCUAACUCUUACCUUCCUUGUUCUUCAUCUAGCCCGGAUGUACAAGAGUGAGCCAGAUCUGCGAAUUAAGAGCGAGCCAUCAGCCUUUAGCGAGGUAACCAACUACUGGCUUCAAUGCAGCAUGCAGCUGGGCGACACGCAAUACCAGACACACGCGCGUGAUCCUUUCCUAUGCGCGCGUGAUCCCUUCGCCAGCUUUCAUGAGCAGAUGGAUAACUUGGAGUGGCGGCCGCCGGUACUUCAAGCCAUGGCUCUGUGCAAGCAAGAAUCUGCCUCUGAAGUAGACGAGAUGUUGAUAAGUCAGACACAGAACGCUUGUCAGCUUGGAGCAAGAAAAGAAACAUCUGAAAGUCAAUGCAAAGUAUUCAUGCCUUCGUACUGGGACCAACAGUUUGUGAACGACUGUGAACCAUGGUACGAUCAUCUAGAGAAUCCUCGCGGUAAACCUUUCGUCGGCGGACCUAGGAACGGCAUCUUCAAGAGCGAAAACGCAAACAGCUUUUUCAAAGAAGAAGAUCAUACGAAAGACGAAACUGACAUGGUGCAGGACCGAGACUCCGAAAGCCCCGCGAGUUUCACGAGCGUGGACAGUCCUCCAGAGUUUCCGUGGAACACACGAACCAUCCCCGGUUCUAGAACGAGUGAUAUAAGCGCAUUUAGUUCAACAGAACAGAAGUUUGUGAUGCACAAAAACCACAAAACAACCUUUAAGUCCGGUCGCCCUCGAUUGUGUCAAUUCUUGCUCGAGCUCCUUAACCACCCAGAUAAAUAUGGCUACAUGAUCGACUGGAUCGACAAAGAGAAAGGCGUGUUCAAGUUCAUCAACUCCAGCGAAGUAGCGCGCUUGUGGGGAAAUCGUCGUAAUAAGCCCUCCAUGAAGUACGAGAACUUUGCUCGCUCCCUGCGCACCUACAUUGCUAAAGGAAUACUUGCAAAGCCUCGCAGCAAACUGGUCUACCAAUUCGCCAGAGUAAAAAGUUGAAGCUCUUUACAACAACCACAAUACUACCAUACUCGACCCCAACCUCCGACACAGAAAGAACACUAGAAUCGCCUUAAAGAUGAGACCAGAAGGAAGAAAAUCCCAGAUGUUGUUGCUUAAGGCACUACAGUGUUCGGAAUGGGUUCGCCACUAGGCGGAAAAGGAAAGACGCCAAAGAACGAGACAUCAAGUCAUAAGGACUCGACUUGAGUUUAUACCACGAGACUGAGUUUAUACCACGAAGAAAAAAGAUAUUUAAUUAGAUAUUACGUACGAUAUCCAAUCGAAUUAGGCGCAGUCGAACCUUCUGAACAACGUAGAAUUUGAAGCAAGAAUAACCUAAAAAGACAGUAUUUUUUAUUAUAACAAAGUUAAAUUGCAAGUUAAAUAAUAAUUAGAGUUUCCCUUUCCUCUGUCCUUUUACUUUACUGCCAAAGUGUUCGAUUCCGAAGCCAUAUGGCGUUCUCUUAUAAUAUAAUUGAUUUUUAGAUGACAUUGCAAAAAGUUAGAUGAUGCUAUUUUGAUCCCUCCCCCGAAAAAAAAAAAGAAAAAAAAAAACAAAACAAUGACUUUUCUCACUUGGCUACGGUCACCCCUGAC